UACAUAUAUACAGCAAAAUCAUUUAAGACUAAGGAAAACAUGAAAGUUGUUUACUUCGUUGUUGCCAUCUUGGCUGUGACAUCCUCCGUUGUCUCUGCCUAUGACCCAAGUCCUCUACAAGAUUUUUGCGUGGCAGUCAAGGAAAUUGAUGGUGUGUUUGUGAAUGGAAAGUUCUGCAAAGAUCCUAAACUUGUGAAAGCUGAGGAUUUCUUCAAACACGUGGAUCCUGCGAACACUAACAAUCCACUUGGUUCACAAGUGACUCCUGUAUUUGUUGAUCAACUACCAGGGCUAAACACACUUGGCAUAGCUUUGGCUCGCAUAGAUUUUGCACCAAAGGGUUUA